AUGAGCAACAAUAAUGCUACAACAAACGUUACUGGAGAUCAAUUUAUUCGUACAUUAGCUCAAUUCAUCCGAGCUAACGAACGUAAAAUAACUAUGCAAAGCCUACAACAACAGUCCUCUUCAAGUCAUUUAUUAGGUAGUCGAAUGUCAGAAAAUAGUUUAGGAAAUGGUUAUGGUAUACCAAGUUUCUGGUCUUUCUCUACUGCUCUUGCAAGUUCUUACAUGAAAUCUCCAACCUCGCCUGUUUCAACAACUCCAACUUCUCCCGUUAGCCCUAUAGGCAAUAAUAAUUCAAAAAGGCCUGUAUUUGUUACACUUGAUCCCCAUCACUUAUACUAUUUAUUGGCAAGAUUUAACGAUAUAGGACUUGAUAUUGGUGUCUUUGAAGCAAUUAUAAAUUUUGAUAAUAAAGAUAUGGAUUUUGAUGUUAAUGACUCAUCAUUGGAAACUGCAUCAAUUACCUCAAUCAAUUCAAUAAAUUCAAUAUCAUCUGCCAUGUCUUCAUUAUCCUUAUUCUCGGGUUGGCAAGGUUGGACCAAUGCGGCUCAAAAAAAUGAAAACAUACCAAUAAAAAGUGAGGUUUACUACAUUUACAAAAGUUUCACUAAACUCUCCAAUUUAAAACUUAAUUCUACAAUUAAUAAUAAAAGAAUUGAUGGUUUUGGCACCCACAAUAAUAAUGAUGACAAUUUUAGAGUUGGUAUUGAUGGCGUUGGUUGGCCUUUAACUGCUACAUUGUCAAUAACCCUGUUUAAAAACUUGACAAAUUUAGAAAUUUAUGGAUUAUCACCAAAAGUUUUUGAUGGUUGGGACGUUGUACAAGAGAAAUUGGAAAUAUUAACUUUAACUAAAAGCCCAAUUGAUGACAUUACUGAAUUAUUUAUUGAUCUGGUAGCUGAUGGAUUUAAAAAAAGAAACACAAUGCCACUCAUGUAUCUUACAAAAUGUACACAUAUAGAUCUAUCAAACAAUCUGCUGAUUGAAAUUCCGUCCGGAUUAUCACAAUUGUACAAUUUACAAUGUUUGAAUCUUAGUAAUAACAUGAUUGAAACAAUAACUGGUAUUUACAAAAUACUUGGUAAUGUAACAAAAUUGGAUUUAAGAUCUAAUCGAAUAGAGAAUUUAUGUGGUUUGGAAAGGUUAUAUUCAUUGGAGUAUGUUAAUAUUAGAGAAAAUCAAUUGAUUGAUUGGGCUGAAGUUACUCGGAUGACUGAACUGCCUGAGAUAAGACAAAUUUGCGUUGAUGGUAAUCCAUUCACAGAAUAUGAGACUAAUUAUAGGAUUAAUAUUUUUAAAGCAUUUAGAGAAAACAAUAAAGAUAUUAUUUUGGAUGGGAUGUCACCUACUUAUUAUGAGAAAAGAUAUCUCCCAUCAUCACCAGUUACGUCAAACCAAAAAAUUCCUGUUGCCAUUCCAAGCCCUGAAGCGACAAAACAUCGAGUUGUUGAAAUUGAAAAGGCAUAUGACCCUAAUUACAAACCAAAGAAGAAAAAAUUGGUGAAAAAAGGUCCAAACACCGUAUCAAUUUUCUCAUCACCGUCAUCACCAACAACUAUAGAAGAUGUGGACACAAAAACAAAAAAAAAAUCAUCAUCAUCACCACAUAGUGACUCGGAAGCUAUUUUGUCAUCUAAGGUUAAUGAUGGAGUAGACUAUAGAAAGAAAAUUGAAGAGUUACGUAACGAAGGCGGAUCUUCUUGGCUGACUGUUUUGAAUGAGAUGGAAAAUUAUGACAAUAGCAAUAAUAAUAAUAUAAAUGAUCAGGAUGGCUUAGGGAUGUUAUAUCAUUGA